UCACCUGGAAAGGGGCGUUAGUCUCGCACACAUUGAACACACAGCACACACAGCACACAGAGAACUUCCUCAUCAGUUCAAAAAAUAUGUUUCUCUGGUGUCUUGAACCUACAAAAUCAGGCUGUGACAAGUUGGAGGGAUCUAUUUCCUUUGUUUAUUUGGGGAUCCAGUAAAAAAGGCAGAAUGCGGGACAUGCUGGAAAGGCUGCAGACCCUUAGUGAAGAGCAGGAGGACUUUGAGCCAGAAUUUUUUGGACCUGAGUACGAUGUGGACAAGGUGACUCUGUCUCAAGAGGCAGUUGUGUUUGAGAACACCUCAACUAUUGACAGAAUCCUAGAGGAGGCCAGCUCAAUACGCAAAGAGAUCUCCUUUCUGCAAUUAAAGGUGGAGCAUCUACGCACACAAAAUGAACGUUUUGGCACCUCUGUUCGGCGGUUCACCCUCCUCAAAAAAGACUCUGACACCAUUGCCAGAGGUAUCCAGCAACGUGGGGAGGCCCUGUACUUCCGCCUUCAGGCCCUAGGCAAGGCGAGCGCCCAGCUUGAGGAGAAAGAUGGUCCAUAUUCUGCUGUUAGUCGCAUUGCCCGAGUUCAGUGUGACACACUGAACCGUGAUUUCCAUGCUGCUAUGAGUGACUACAACGAGGCAGAGGAGAUGCAAAGGAGUACAUGUCGAAGGAGGAUCCAGAGGCAGGUCUCCAUACUGGGGAGAGAAAUCACUGAUGAGCAGCUUGAUGUGAUGGUAGACAAAGGAGGAGAAGGAUGGGCUGAGCUGUCCCAGAGUCUGCAGACACCAGGUGCACGCACGUCCCGCAUGGCUUUGUGUGAGAUCAGAGGGAGGCACAAGGAGCUGGUUGAGCUCGAGGUCAGGCUGAAGGAGGUCCAUGAACUGUUCAUGGACAUGGCCAUACUAGUGGAGGAGCAGGGGUCCAUGAUCAAUAACAUUGAGUCUCAUGUGUGUGCCACCGAGGAAUAUACUGACAAAACUAUUGUCGAAAUAAAGAAGGCCCUACAGUACAAGAGGAAAAAUCCUUUUCUGCAAUGUUGCCCCUGUCUACCCUGUUGGAGACACAAUCAAACUUUUUAAGGCCAUUAUUUUUUGGGUCUUUUUUACAAUUUUAAGGAUGAAAUUGAAAUGAAAAUAAACAUGUACCUGUUUACUAAACAUAUGGACAGCUUUACAGAAAUGUAAAAAAAAAAACCCAAAAAACUGAUUUUGUCCUAUACACUGCAGUACCUUUUAAUUUUUUCAAUCAAUGUUUGAGGCUUAAAAAUGAUCAUGGUUUUGGGUCACCAGCUGGCUUAAAUGAAAGUCACAGUAAAAUAGCUGAUCUGGUUAUUUUGAUUAAAGUUAUUCAAAUUUUUGGUGUGAAUGUA